AUGGAUAAAGCAUAUCUACAGAGACCAACAGCUAGAGCAGCUCAGCUUCGUGCUGCCACCAAGAGCCAAACACCGUCAGGACGUCGAGACGAUGAAAGCAACUGUCGAUCUGAAACUACGGACGAACUUAAUAAAUUCAAAUGGGAAAAUACAUACAAAAUGGAUCCUGACAAUUUACUCUCGGAAAAUACUAUCCAAGGCACUAUGCGACAGGCAAUUAAAGAACUCAUUGCCGGUGAAGACGACGAUUUUCUCGAGUCAGAGGGCAGGGGUCAUUUGUGUGCGAAACUAACAGACGACAUUAAACAUCGAAUCAAAACGGAAUAUGCAAAUACUAGGUACAGAUUUAUAAUUCAUGUAACUAUUGUUCAAGAUUUUGCCACUUUUUCCAUCGGAAGUAGAUGUUUGUGGAACGACAACACAGACAAUCACAUGACAGUAUCCAUACCUUUUGGUGAUAGUUAUAUUGUGUCAACUUGUUAUGCAGUUUAUUUUGAAUAA